GUUAUUUCCAUCAUCACACAUUAAUCAGUUAAAGUGACUGUCUAAAGUAUAAGCAUUUCAUUGGUGAUACUGCUGCAGCCAAAUGCUCUCUUUUUCAAUAGCUGUUAACUCUCCAACAUCUAUUUAUGCACACUAUUAGGAGACUUCAGAAAAGGAUUCGGCUUUUAUUGCAGACUUAACAAAGAACAAUUAUGUAUACGUAUUAUAGAACCGGUUCAUAUAGCACCAAUAUUCAACGUAUUCUUCAAGGAUCUAUCUCAUCUGACAGAAGCAAUGAUCUGAUCCUGAUCAAAGAUUAUUCGUUGGAGUGGUUAUCAAUAAAUUCUGUGGCUGAGAAUCAUAUACCCUUAUUAAGAACUCGACUUUGCCAGCCCACUUUAGGCACAAUUAUUGAUGCACAAUUAUUGACCUGCCAUUUAGAGGAGAAAAAGCCAGAGGCGUCAACGGAGUUCUUGGGCCCUGAAGUUUUGAAUAAGAAGCAGCCUUACGCUAAAACUGUAAGAAAACAUUCGCUGAUCAGAGGAAAUGAUGUGAUAGUCAUGCUUUCAGAAUACGGAAAGCUUGUCUUUUUAACAAUCAUCAACAAUGAGAGCUUGGAAAGACCACGCUUCGAAACACUGUCUGAGAUUUAUCUGGAUUCGCCGGGUCUUGAAUACAAUAAAAGAGGAAGAAAGCUAGCCAUUGAUCCAAGGUGAUACACACGAAUAAUUGAUCAUCUGGCAGAUCAUGAUGCGCUAAAUUGUCUUUAUAAUUCAGCGGAAGAGCAAUAGCCGUAGCUUCGUUUGAAGACAAAUUUGAUAUUUUCAUAAUAGAUAAAUGUGUGUCAAGAACACACUUUGAUCCCAUCAUAGGUCGUGGAUCAGAAACUGAAGAGGGUAUCAUUUGGCAUAUGAGUUUUCUUUAUUCUGAACAACAAUCUAUGAGUAGAAUAUUGUUGGUCUUGGUCGUUUAUAAGUCAGUAUUGCUACCUUAUUAUCCAUUA